AAGGCGUCAGGGUUCAAAACCCUAAACCCGCUUCCCCGCGAUGGAAGAGGAAGAGCGGCUCCGCCUCCUUCCGGCCUGAGUAGCCCCGACCAUGGCGCCGAUCCUCUCCGGUUCCUAGCGGUCGAAGGAUGCUCGUACUCUCCCGCGGCCUCCCCGUCCGCCGCUGCCGCUAUCUACCCCUCCGCAGCCCGUACCGGAACCUCCCCUUCUCCGCCCACUCCGGCGAAUCACUUGGCGCCUCCGACCUCGCUCCCAUCCCCAGGAUCAUCGCCAAACGCAGGUGGGACGACCCGCGUCUCGCUGCCAUCUUCUCAUCUGCUUCGGCUCCCAACAGCGUCUGCAGAAUCCUCUGGGAGCUGCAGGAGGACCCCAGGUCGGCCUUUCACUUCUUUAUCUGGGCCGGGAAGCAGAGUGGCUUCUGCCACACCGUCGAGACCCGGUGCGUUGCCGUCCACGUCCUCUUUAGGGGCCGGUGGUAUUCCGAGGCCCAGAAGGUCCUUAAAGAUAUUGCCUUGUCAACGCGGGUGUCGGAAGGAUCGGAGAGCAUUGUCGAUGUUCUGCGAACGACUGCAAGGGGUUACGGGACUCUGGGGUAUGGAGUGUUUGAUGCACUCUUUGGGGUUUUGACUGAUCUGGGGAUGCUCGAUGAGGCCAGUGAUUGCUUCUAUAGGAUGAGAGCCUUUAGGGUUCUGCCAAAGUUGCGAUCCUGCAACAAUUUGCUUCAGCGGCUUGUGAGGACAGGCAGAGGCGAGUUGUCAAAGAGGUUCUUCAAUGAUAUUGUCAGCUCAAAUAUGGCUCCUACAGUUUUCACUUUCAAUAUUAUGAUUGAUUUCUUGUGCAAGGAGGGUGAUUUGACUGCGGCAAGGGCGUUAUUCCAGAAGAUGAAAGAAAUGGGUUGCUUGCCGGACGUGAUCACAUAUAACUCGCUCAUUGAUGGGCAUGGGAAGUGUGGGGAAUUGGAGAAAGCUGAGCAAAUUCUGGGGGAGAUGAAAGAUUCCGGCUGUGAGCCUGAUGUGAUUACUUAUAAUGCUCUCGUCGACUGUUUCUGUAAGUUUGGGAAGCUGCUGAAGGCUUUUGAGUUUCUUAGUGAGAUGAAGAGGAAAGAUAUUGUGCCCAAUGUGGUCACAUUCAGCACAUUCAUUGAUGCCUUCUGCAAGGAAGGCAUGAUGCAAGAAGCACUUAAAUUCUUUGUUGAUAUGAGAGUUAGAGGCAUAAGGCCAAAUGAAUUUACUUAUACUUCUCUAAUCGACGGAAACUUCAAGGCCGGAAAUCUUAAGGAAGCCCAGUCGUUGGUCGUUGAGAUGGUGAAUGAGGGGGUGGAGUUAAAUGUUGUGACUUACACAGCUUUGGUGGAUGGCCUCUGUAAAGAGGGGAAGGUUCUCGAAGCAGAAGGGAUUUUUCGGGCUAUGGUGAGAGCAGGUGUGGUGCCCAACCAAUUGAUGUAUACCUCUCUGGUGCAUGGGCAUUUCAAGAAUAAGAACAAGGAGAAGGCAAUGGAUUUACUGUCUGAAAUGAGGGAUAAGGGCAUUGAACCUGAUAUCUCGCUCUAUGGUACCAUCAUUUGGGGUCUUUGUAACGAUAGAAAGAUUGAUGAAGCUAAGACUUUGCUGAAGGAGAUGGAUUAUCUUGGCUUAAAACCUAAUCAUGUGAUCUACACAACAAUAAUGAACGCUUGCUUUAAAGCAGGAAAAGCCUCGGAGGCCCUUGAUGUGCUUCACAAAAUGCAUGAUUCGGGUGUACUCCCUAGCAUUGUUACAUAUUGUGCAUUAGUUGAUGGGUUAUGCAAAGAAGGAUCGAUUCAUGAAGCAAGGUGCCAUUUUGAAAGAAUGAAAUCAUUAGGCUUGCAACCUAAUAUCUUGGUGUACACAGCGCUUAUUGAUGGCCUUUGCAAAACAGGUUUCUUGGAAGAAGCUUCUGAAGUCUUUGAAACAAUGGUGGGGAAGGGUGUAGCUCCAGACAAAUUUGCGUACACAUCUCUAAUGAAUGGGUAUUUGAAGAGGGGCAAUCUUCAGAAAGCGUUUGCUCUCAAAAGCAAAAUGAUAGAGAAUGGCCUUGAGCUUGACCUUCAUGCAUAUACAUCUCUUAUAUGGGGAUUUUGUGACACUGGUCAAAUGGAGGAAGCUAGAAACACACUAGCAGAGAUGAUCAACAAUAAUAUUAUUCCUGAUGAAGCAGUUUAUAAUUGUCUCAUAAGCAAGUAUCAUAGGUUGGGAAAUAUGGAUGAGGUUCAGAGUUUGCAAAUUGACAUGAGAAGAAGAGGUAUCAUUCCUAGCACGAUGGAUGAUACUGCCUCUGAUAAGAUCUGAUUAGUUGUGCUUGGAUUAUUACAACUGCAAUGUAUUUUUUUUCACUCAUGGAGUCCGAGCUUCAAAGGAACCAGAGCUUCUGAUGGUUUUGCUUUAAGAAUAUAUUAUUAUCAUAUGAUUUGAGGCCUGGAACUGAUUCCUAUGUUUAUGGACUCCUGAAAAUUGGUGGAUAUGAGCUGUUACAUGAUAUAAGGCACCGAAGUGUCCAUUUUAUCGACAAAGCCAGUCGGCUGUCAUGGAAAAGGUGUAUCUACAGGGAUAAUAACAAAGUUCUAUAACCACGUUGAUGGGUGGCUGAUAUUUAGCCAUUAAUCCGAGCAUUCAUUUUUCCAGUGCUAGAGUAAAAUCAGUUCAGUAACAGUUUUGGGGCCAUUUGGAUCUGCGCUUGUUAUUCCUAUACUUAGUAUGCUGGUGUACAGAACAGAUAUCUGAACAUCUGAAUAAUGAGAUUAGAAGAGAAAUUUAUGGAUAGAAAAAUUGAUGAAAUCAAUUACAUUUUUGCACUCGGGAAAGGUUUUUUUCUCUUGGAACCAACUGCUAUAUUCUGUUUGGACUCGGCUUCUUUCAGCUGUGCUCUGAGAAUUAUUUGCAGCAGCAGAUGGGCUUUGUCUGGAGGUGGUGUUAGUUUCUCGGCACGAAGGAGUAUGUGAUGUAUGUCUAACACCUUGGAUCAUGCAUGUUAAAGGAGUUUUCUCCAAAGGAUGCAUUAAGGAAGACAUUCUACAUGAACGAUCUUACAAUUUCAUUGAGUCGAUGAAAUGUGUUAAUUGUUUGUGUAAAAGGGCAUCGAGGACUGCUGAAUUUUACAUGUGCUGCUGAUUUUUCGAGCUGCGACUUGCCUGCAUGCAUUCAUGUUUUUUGGUCCGAAGCAAUAAAAGAGACUGCAAAAUAUGCUAUUUGGAAAAGCUGAAAGAAGUAUGAAUUGAAUUGCCUAUUCUUGUAUUCGUCGUCAGUCACCAUCGUUCGGUGAUAUUGCUGGUGCUUUCUUUCGAAGAGCUAUCAGUCACUGAGAAGCUGUGUCAUUUCUUCACCAAACUUACUGAUGACCGGUCGUGCAAAGUUGGCUCCUCCUUCAGCUUACAACACUACACUAUGGACAAAGAAUCGAGCAGCUACAGUGAUCUCCAUCUACA